ACUACUACUACUACUACUACUACAACAACAGUACAAUCAUCAGGAUCUACUAGUUUAUCAUCAUCAACACCAACAACAGAUGACAAUACGGCAAUAGCAAGUGCUAAUAAUACCAGUAUAAAGCAAUCUCCUACCGUUACAGCUGAUACUCCGGAUGAUGUAGUAACUCCUCAAGAAGGUGAACAUGUUCAUGGUUUAGCCAAUAGUAAUGGUACUGCCAACUCUAUCAUUGCCACUGUCAAUACUAUCACAUCUUCUACUACAACUAGUUCUAGUACUGCCUCUUCUACCCCAACUCUUCAUUGAUUCCCCUUCUCUUCAUUCUUUUGUUUAUUUUGAUCUCUUAUCUUUUUUUUUUGUUUGUUGUCUUUUUUUUUUCUUUUAUAUUUUUUUUCUAUCCUAUUUCUAUAUUACUACUUUUUUUUUUAUUUCUAUUAUCUCUUCUUUUCACUCAUCAUUCCUCUCAUCAUGUUUUAAUCGAAAUAGUCAAUUUUACAAAUAAAUAAAUAAAAUAAAAAAAACCCAUCGUUUUAUGAAUCAUGUAUAUAUUUGUUUAGUAUCAAUUGAUAAUGCAUGAAAAAC